AUGUCUGAUUUCCAACCAGUAGUUGUCAUCGACGGUAAGGGACACUUGUUGGGCCGUUUGGCCUCGAUUGUCGCCAAGCAAUUGUUGAACGGUCAGAAGGUCGUCAUCGUCAGAUGCGAGGCCUUGAACAUCUCCGGUGAGUUCUUCAGAAACAAGUUGAAGUUCCACGACUACUUGAGAAAGGCCACCAGAUACAACAGAACCAAGGGUCCUUUCCACUUCAAAGCUCCUUCUAGAGUUUUCUACAAGGCCAUCAGAGGCAUGAUUCCUCACAAGACCGCCAGAGGUAAGGCUGCCUUGGAGAGAUUGAAGGUUUUCGAGGGUAUGCCUUCUCCAUACGACAAGAAGAAGCGUGUUGUUGUGCCACAAGCCUUGAGAGUGUUGAGAUUGAAGCCUGGUAGAAAGUACACCACUGUCGGCAAGUUGUCUGCUGCCGUUGGCUGGAAGUACGAGUCCAUUGUUGACCAGUUGGAGGAGAAGAGAAAGGUGAGAUCCGCCGAGUACUACGCCAAGAAGGCUGCUGCCGCCAAGAAGAUUGCUGCUGCCACUGCCUCCACCGCCGAGUCCGACGCUGCUAAGAAGUUGGCUGCUUUCGGUUACUAA